AGCAGCGUGACUGGCCGGUGGGGGGGACGCUUUAAAGUAGGGAAGCAGAGGAGCCGGGACCUCAUUCAGCGCCUCACUCAGCAGCGGCAGACACACACACACGCACACACGAAGGAAACGUUUUACGGUGACUCCAAACAAGAGGUAAAAUGCAGUGGCCCCUUCUAGCCCUCGUGCUUUGCUGCUACCUCUCAGGAAGCCGAGCCAACCGCGUCUACGUCCACCCUUUCUACCUCUUCGCCGCCGAGAACGUCAGCUGCGAGACUCUGCAGACCCAAACCCCAGGGCCUCUGGACACGCGCCCUGUGGCACCCCUCGACGUGGAAGUCCUCACAGCGGACAGCAGGGACCGGUCUGAACUGGACGCCCAGAGGCAGAACAUCACCGAGAGGACGGUGGUCCUGGCGGAGCUGUUGAACUCUGUGGGCCUGAGGAUGUACCAGGCGGUCAGCAGCAAGCAGCCGGGCACCAACACCCUGUUCUCUCCGGUCAACACCUACGGAUCCCUCGUUACCCUCCUCCUCGGGGCCUCCAAGAAGACCGCAAGAUCAUUCCAGUACCUUCUAAACCUGAACAGGCACACCGACCGAGAGGACUGCGUGUCCUUCGUGGAUGGACACAAGGUUCUGAAGACCCUGCAGGGCAUUAACUCUCUGGUGGACGACGGACCCAAAGAUGAGAUCACCACACAGGUCUGGGCCUUCGCUCGCCAGGGCGCUCAGCUCUCCGAGGACUUCAUUCGAGGCACGCAGGACUUCUCCGACACGUCGUUCAUCCGCGGGGUGGACUUCUCCAGACCUCAGGAGGCCGAGGAGCUGGUGAACAGCUUCGUGAAUAAGACAUCGGACGGGAGGGUGAUGGACAUCUUCAAAGAUCUGAACUCCAGCAGCGACCUGCUGUUUCUCUCUUCAUUCAACUUCCAAGGCAACUGGAGGACAGCUUUUCAGCCAGAGAAGACCACGUUGCAGGAGUUUCAUGUUGAUGAAACCACCACAGUGAUGGCUGCGCUGAUGACCCACACGGGUCUCUAUCCCUACCUGAACGAUAAGGUACUGCAGUGCACAGUUGUCAAGCUGUCUCUGAGCAAACGGUCCUAUAUGUUGCUGGUCCUGCCUCACGAAGGCGCCGACCUCCACAAGAUUGAAUCUAAGCUGCUCACUAAAGUCUUUUCUGGCUGGCACCAGAGCCUCCGAGAAGGUCUGUUGGAGCUGUCCCUCCCAAAGUUCUCCAUGUCGUCUGAGACUUAUCUGCGCGACCUGCUGACCAACAUGGAUCCAGAAAUUGAGACCAAGCUGUUAGGCUCUCGGGCCGAGUUCAGCCGACUCAGCAACACCAAACCUUUCACCAUCGACAAGGCCAUCAACAAGGUUUUGUUUAAGAUGUCAGAAGAAGGCGCAGAACUGCGGGACAAGGUCCAGGAAGCAGGAGUUCCUCUGAAACUGUCCAUCAAUCGGCCAUUCUUCUUUUCUGUCAUAGAGGGAAAUUCUAACGCCAUCCUCAUGCUGGGCAAGAUCACAAAUCCCACGCUGUAAAGUAAUAUAGUGCUUUAAAACUCAUCAAGAUCAUACUGUUGUUUUCCAGCCGAAAAAAUGACCACACAGUACGUUCUAUCUAAUAUUCAACAGUGUUAUCUUUCACCAUCCAUGGAGAUCCCCGUCUCAGUAUUUAUGAAAAGCUUUUACUUUAUGCUGAAAUGUUAUCAAGCAGCCUGUUAAAUAUCCUAAUUUGUUUCUCUCGUGUAAAAUGUAUUAUAGCAGAAUUCUGUACAGUAUUUUUCAAUAGAGAAGCUACAGUAUCCACAAUUCUCUAUGAUGAAUGACUGAAACGUUGUAUAUUGUAACUGAGAGUUUAUUUUUGUUUUGUUGACAUUUGUGAUUGCUGAAAUAAAACUUAAGUUUCCAAUA